AUGACCAAUGUGCAUACAUUGCAAGAUAUCGAUGAAGCAAAGCUUCAAGUCUCCGACUCUUCAAGAGGACGCCAGCUUGGGAGCGCGUAUGAAGAACUUAAAGAAGAGUUAUAUCAGGCUCUUAAAACCAAAGCUGACAUUAACGAUUUUUACAAAUUAGCUCUAGCUCAAAGAGACAUAUCAACAAAAGAUUCCGAAAUUUUGUCUCUUAAUUCUGAGUUAAGUAAAUUAAAAAUCGAGCUGACACUGGAUACUAUUGAAACUUCCGCUGCCUCCCAGCCAUACGGAGCGGUACCACACCAGGAGAGCGCUUCUAAUACACGUGAUAGCCAAAUAGUUGACUCACAGAAUGAGGAUGUUCCUGGCGGUACCGCUGAGUUUGAUCUCCGUCGUUAUUUGGUCGCGCAAAGCGCACACGGAAGUGUUAAAAAGCCAAGUUUAGAUGCUGUGGUACCACUCGAAAGCGGCGAGUUUAAAGACCCAUCAGCUCUCGGAGAAAGUGCACAGACACCACCCGAUAAAUUGUCUAUUUCUUCACCCCCAACCACACAGAGCCGUACGGCGGUACCGCUGCCAAAUAGUACACGUAAAAAUUCUACUUGCCCCACAGUAACGGAAAAAAAUAGCGAGAAUCGGCAUUCUAUAAAUAGCUCGGCCGUACGGCUACAGAAUAUAGAGAAAACGAAAUCCAAAUCACAUAUGUUAAUGCCAUACGGCGAAGGAAUAGAAGCAAUUCCGAACACUGCGAGCUAUUUAG